AUGUAUGGAAACACCAGGGACGCCUACGACGUCGUCAAGUUGAUCCUCGGCGGCGCUCAAUACAGGUCUGGACUCGAUAACGAGCGCGACGCCCGGUCCUGGACGCUAGUCGGCCGUGGAGACGAUAGAGAGUCGGCGUCCGAUUCAGGGCAGCAUGACGCGGGCUCGUGGCUCUCGUCCAAGGUGCACGGAGCCGCGCGAGGCAACAAUAGAACGUGCCUCGUCUGGCACGCGGCGCAGAACGAUUAG